AUGAGAAAUGUUCCUGUGAAUCACUACACUCCUGAGGCUAUUCAUGAUCUUGGAAGGUUUUCGAGAGAGGUUGUUGAUGUGCCUUUUGAUCCCGAGAAGGCGCAAACCAAAGAUUAUGUUCGAGUUAAAGUGAAGUUUGACGUCUCUAGGCCACUUAGGAGAGCGAAGAAAGUUACAACACCAAGGGGAGAGGAUGUCAACAUCCUAUAUGAUUAUGAGAGGAUCCAAAAGAGGUGUUAUACAUGCCAGAGGUUAACACAUGAACAAUCAAUGUGCCCUAUUGAGAGGGCUGUGAAAAACCAAGACAUAGGGGCUUCUCAGCAAAAGAAGCAAGUUAUCCUACCGAGCCUCAAUACCAAUGAUCCACUUUUCGGUCUAGUCCCUCCCAAACUCUUGGGUGAUGAUCCCCUCACUGGCAGACCUAAAAUAGCUGAGGUGGUGCUAGAAGAUAUGCGAAUCUACAUCAAAACGGCGAAUGGCCCAGAGAAGCUGGCGAGGGAAGAAAGAGAUAAAAUUUCUCUGCGUGAUUUACAAGAUGAUGUGUUAGGUCAGAAGGCCUUCCUAAGCUUAGAACCUUUGCCAGUUGUUUAUGAUGAUCUCGACAAAGGGAAAGGGAUUGUUUUUGACUUCUCAGCUAAAAUACCACCAGGAGAUAAGCUAAUGGCUGGAGCUAUUUCGGCGGGCAACAGAGUGUUACAGUCAGGCAAGAUCCUUAGCCAACCAUUGAGACUGGAAGGGUAUGCAGAUUCUUCUCGGGCUGCGUCUUUGCAGGAAAGUCCAACGGGUUAUAGCAUUGGCUUUCAUGAAACCACUGCUUCCGGGACUGCCCUCAAAAAGACUUACAAGAGAAGAAGACCUGGUACGUUUACAAGAAAAGCUAAUGAAAAAGGUCUUGCGAAGCAAUCAUCCACACCAGGGAAAAAAGUAGGAGAAGGUGUGAUUUCUGAGACAAAGAGGAAAGCUAAUGACGAUGUCGAGCCAUCUCAAAGCUCUGCAAGGUUUAAGAAACCAUUGGUGGUCCCAAAUGAGGGACCGUCCAACAUCUAA